AUGUACCUGGUUGCCGUGUUGGGGAACAUGCUCAUCAUCCUGACUGUCAGCUCGGACUCCCACCUGCACACCCCCAUGUACUUCUUCCUCUGCAACCUGUCCUUGGCUGACAUCUGCUUCAUUUCUACCACUGUUCCAAAGAUGAUUGUUGGCAUCCAGACUCACAGCAGAGUCAUCUCCUAUGGGGGCUGCCUGACACAGAUGUCUUUUUUGAUCCUUUUUGGAUGCAUGGAUGGCAUGCUUUUGACUGUCAUGGCCUAUGACCGGUUUGUGGCCAUCUGUCACCCUCUGCACUACUCAGCCACCAUGAGCCCAUGCCUCUGCUGCUUCUUAGUUUUGGUGUCAUUUUUCAUCAGCCUUUUGGACUCCCAGCUGCAUACUUUAAUUGUGUUACAACUUACCUGCUUCAAAGAUGUAAACAUUUCUAAUUUCUUCUGUGAUCCUUCUCAGCUCCUUCAUCUUGCCUGCUCUGACACCUUCACCAAUCACAUAGUCAUGUACUUUGUUGGUGCCAUCUCUGGUUUUCUCCCUAUCUCAGGGAUUUUUUUCUCUUACUAUAAUAUUGUUUCCUCCAUUCUGAGAUUUCCAUCGACAGGUGGGAAUUAUAAAGCCUUCUCCACCUGUGGUUCUCACCUGUCAGUUGUUUGCUUAUUUUAUGGAACAGCUAUUGGAGGUUACCUUGGAUCAGCACUGUUGCCUUCCCCCAGGAAAAAUGAGGCGGCCUCGGUCAUGUACACUGUAGUCACCCCCCCAUGCUGA